CUGCGCGUUUAUAGAGCAGCAGCACGCCUCAUUCGCCGCUGAAUUUGUCUUCACCUUUCGGUCCUAGUAGUUGGAAGAGGAGGCGAAUGGAUGUGACUAAUCCUUGUUUUCCCCGAAGUCCAGAAGCGCCCGUUUAUUUUUUUUCUCCACUUUUUUUUUUAACUUGUCUGUAGGAAAUUUUUUUCACACCAGCCUUGCGCCGUCGUCUCUAUCGAGCUGUCCGGUGGCUCUCCACAACCCCCUCCCAGCUGGACAGAGAUGAGUAGUCCCGAUGCGGGUUACGCCAGCGACGAUCAGACCCAGGCAAGGUGCGCGAUGUCAGUCAUGAUGCCUGGAAUGGGACACUGCCAGUGGGCAGACCCCCUGAGUCCCCUCGGGGAGACCAAGGCGAAGAACGAGCCGUGCGCGUCCGGCUCCGGCGGCCAGGGCCGCGGGAAGAGCGAGCCCAGGAUCCGACGGCCCAUGAACGCCUUCAUGGUCUGGGCCAAGGAUGAGCGCAAGAGGCUGGCGCAGCAGAACCCGGAUCUGCACAACGCGGAGCUGAGCAAAAUGCUGGUCCCUAAAAUGGCAACGGGCUAUUUUAGUGCGCAUCACCAGGCCGUGCACGAGAGUCACACGCUGACAUGUCCCCCUCACGUGCACGCUCCUCUUGAACCUGCAGGGAAGUCGUGGAAAGCCCUUCCCGUGGCGGAGAAGCAGCCGUUCGUGGAGGAGGCCGAGCGCCUGCGCGUCCAGCACAUGCAGGACCACCCCAACUACAAGUACCGGCCGCGGAGGAGGAAGCAGGUCAAGCGGAUUAAGCGGCUGGACUCGGGCUUCCUGGUCCACGGCGUGUCUGACCACCAGCCUCCCUCCAUGCCCGGCGAGGGCCUGGGCCUGGGCCUGGGCCUGGGCUACCACGAGCACGGCUACCCGCAGCCCCUGGGUCACUACCGGGACCCCCAGGCCCUGGGGGGGGGCCCCCCCUACGAGCCCUACAGCCUCCCCACGCCGGACACCUCCCCGCUGGACGCCGUGGAGUCCGACUCCAUGUUCUUCCCCCCGCACUCGCAGGACGACUGCCACAUGAUGGCCGCCUACCCCUACCACUCCCAAGAGGUCCACUUCCAGCCCCAGGAGGCGAUGUCCGGCUCCGUCCUGCACCGGCCAGAGCCGCCCCCCCCCCAACAAGCGCCGCCGCCGGCGGGGGCCCUCCCCCCCUCCUACAUGGGCUGCCCCAACCCGUUGGCCGUGUACUACAGCCAGCACUGCGGCCCGGGGCAAACCAAGCGGCACCUCGGGGGGGCCGGUCAGCUCUCGCCGCCCCCGGACUCCCACCCCCACCCCCACACGCACCCCCACACGCACCCCCACCCCCACCAGGGGGACGGCGUGGAGCAGAUGCACCACUCGGAGCUGCUGGCCGAGGUGGACCGCAGCGAGUUCGAGCAGUACCUGAGCUCGUCCACCUCCUCCGGCCGCGGGGGGGAGCUGACCGGCCUGGCCUACGGCCCCCCCGAGGGGACCGUAGGCCUGCAGGGACCCGACAGCCUCAUAUCCUCGGUGCUGUCCGACGCCAGCACGGCUGUGUAUUACUGUAGCUACAACAACUCCUAA